GAGAGGACGAGGGCUCCUAGAGCGCCAGCUCCUGGAAAGCAGCCCCGUUUGGUGCCGUGACCAGGAUCCCGAAGGUCCAUUAGAUGGAGACCUCGAGUUCCUUAGGGAAUUGGCGCAGGGUCCUCACAAGUGGCUGCCCGCAGUUGUGAACAACCAUCCCAUCUCAAGAGCGCCAGGCGACUAGCCUGGCCGGAGCCGCGCCUCUACUUACUCAGCGAGCGGCCGCCCAGGAAAUGACGCGCUGCCCCGCUGGCCGUGCGGAAGUGGAGAUGGCGGAGCUGUACGUGAAACCCGGCAACAAAGAGCGCGGCUGGAACGACCCGCCGCAGUUCUCAUACGGGCUGCAGACCCAGGCUGGCGGGCCCAAGCGCACGCCGCUCACCAAGAGGGUCGCCGCUCCCCAGGAUGGAUCCCCCCGAGUCCCCACCUCAGAGACUUCUGGGCUCCCCGCAAUGGGGCCUCCACCUCCUUCAAGUAAGGUUCCCAGGCCCCCACCUGUGGGGAGUUGUCCUGCCUUUGGUGUGGAGCCCACAAGUUUCCCAGUUGAGUCUGAAGCUCUGAUGGAGGAUGUGCUGGAACCUUUGGAACAGGCAUUGGAGGAUUGCCGUGGCCACACGAGGAAGCAGGUAUGUGAUGACAUCAGUCGACGCCUGGCACUGCUACAGGAACAGUGGGCUGGAGGGAAGUUGUCAAUGCCUGUAAAGAAGAGGAUGGCUAUACUGGUGCGAGAGCUUUCAAACCACCAGUGGGAUGCAGCAGAUGACAUCCACCGCUCACUCAUGGUUGACCAUGUGACUGAGGUCAGUCAGUGGAUGGUGGGAGUUAAAAGAUUAAUUGCGGAAAAGAGGAGCCUGUCUUCAGAGGAGGAGGCCAAUGAAGAGAAAUCUGCUGCCACAGCUGAGGAGAACCAGACCGUACCAGGCUUCCAGCAGCCUCCAUAAUCCUGUGGGUCCCCCAGACUCACCUGACACAAUCUCCUAUGCCUUGGUGUGGGAGGCCUUCUUUACUUGGCUUCCUCUUACCACCAGGGAGGCUGUCUGUCUCAUUCAGCCUGACUUACCUCUGUGGGAAGAGGUUCCACCUGGGCCAGAGGGAGGUCAUUUGUUACCCAUUAACACAUGCAAUUCAAUAAAAACAUCUCAGUGGUGGGC